AUGGCCCCCAAGCAAGCAGCAAAGAGAAAGAGGUCCUCCGCCGCCGCAGACGAGGCACCCGCCAAGAGAGUCGCAGAGGAACAGCCCGAAGCCUCCUCCUCGAAGCAAACCCUCGACACCCCUGCCGAAUCUCAAACCGACGCUGUUCUCGGCGCUCGAAGCGCUCCCGGCCAAGCAUACACUCGAGUUCCCUUCUCCACCCUCAACCUCUCUCCCCCUACCCGCGAUGCUAUUGAGCGUAUGGGCUUUGAGACCAUGACGGAGGUGCAAGCGCGAACUAUCCCUCCUCUUUUGGCGGGCAAAGAUGUGCUGGGUGCCGCGAGGACUGGUAGUGGAAAGACGAUGGCGUUCUUGGUUCCCAGUGCAGAGCUGUUGAGCACCCUGAGAUUCAAGCCUGUCAAUGGUACCGGUGUCAUCAUCAUUUCUCCCACUCGAGAAUUGGCUCUUCAAAUCUUUGGUGUCGCCAAGGAGAUCAUGGGCGGCCAUUCUCAGACUUUCGGUGUCCUUAUGGGUGGUGCCAACCGUAAAGCUGAGGCAGACAAGCUGGUGAAGGGUGUCAACCUGAUCGUGGCUACUCCUGGUAGACUUCUUGAUCACCUCCAAAACACCAAGGGAUUCGUUUUCAAGAACCUCAAGGCGUUGGUCAUUGACGAGGCGGACCGUAUCUUGGAAAUUGGUUUCGAGGAGGAAAUGAAGCAGAUCAUCAAGCUUCUUCCUGCUGAAAACCGUCAAUCCAUGCUCUUCUCAGCCACCCAGACCACCAAGGUUACCGACCUCGCCCGUAUCUCCCUCCGCCCUGGCCCUCUCUACAUCAACGUCGACGAAACCAAGGAAGCUUCGACCGUGGACAUGCUUGAGCAAGGCUACGUCGUCUGCGAGUCGGACCAACGUUUCAUGCUUCUUUUCACUUUCUUGAAGAAGAACCUGAAGAAGAAGGUGAUUGUCUUCUUCUCCAGUUGUAAUUCCGUCAAAUACCACGCGGAAUUGUUGAAUUAUAUCGAUGUGCCCGUGCUCGAUCUUCACGGAAAGCAAAAACAACAAAAGCGUACAAACACCUUCUUUGAAUUCUGCAACGCCCCCACCGGUAUUCUCCUCUGUACCGACGUCGCCGCCCGAGGUCUCGAUAUCCCCAAAGUCGACUGGAUCAUCCAGUUCGACCCCCCUGAUGACCCCCGUGACUACAUCCACCGAGUCGGCCGUACCGCCAGGGCGGGCAAGACCGGCAAGAGUCUGUUAUUCCUCUUGCCGUCAGAGUUGGGCUUUUUGAGGUUCUUGAAGGUGGCCAAGGUGCCUCUGAACGAGUACCAGUUCCCUCAAAAGAAGGUUGCCGAUGUGCAAAAACAGCUCGAGGGGCUCAUCUCCAAGAACCACUACCUCAACACUUCUGCGCGAGACGGUUACCGCUCGUACCUCCAGGCCUACGCUUCUUAUUCAUUGAAGAAGAUCUUUGAUGUCAACAAGCUUGAUUUGGCCAAGGUGGGCAAAGCGUUCGGUUUCGCGGUGCCGCCCAAGGUCAACAUCAGUGUGGGGAGUGUCAAGGCGAAAAAGGAGAAGGACGACGAGAGCAGUGAUGACGAGGGAGCGCCAAAGAAGGCAUACUACAGGAACAGGGGCAGGAAGUGA